AUGGCCGGCCUCUUACUCCAUCGCCAUUUUCCCAAUUUUUCGCUCUUCUUUUUCUUCCUUCCGGACUCUUUUGUUUCUUCCUACCAUUUUUUCGUCGUUUUCUCGUGGAUUGAAGUUAUUUGCUUUCGCCCCUUCCCCGUCACCCUUCCCAUCUCUGUCUCUCCCUCCGCUACCCCUCCGACCCUUCAGAUCCGUUUCUUUGGUUCACGCAUCUUCCCCUGCGGCUGUUAUCUGAUCGGCCAACCGUCUAUCGCUGUAUCCCUGUGGACUUGCAUCACUCGUUACGGGGAACGUGUCGUGAGUGUGGCGAUCGCAUAA